AUGCUGAGAAAUCUUGGCAUACGUGUCACAAGACCAGCGUUCUUCAUGGAUAUGAAGGAAGAAUUUUGCAAUGAAAACAAUCAUAAUUUCGAAAAGUCGCUGCUAAUUCAGCCGCCGUUUAUGAAAGACGAUUCGAAUUGUUCACUGCCAGACUCGGUCAACUACUCAAUGAAUGAUUUGGGGUUCAACACUCAGAAUGAUGAGAUAUCGCAACGAUAUGACGCCAUUGCAAAGAAUAGUCAUUUGACUAUUCCUAUUUCGUUGGCGGUGGACGGGUUUCGACCAGUUAACCAUAAUAGAAACGAAAUAACACCAAUAUACGUUCGUUUAGAAGGAGUUGGAAGAAAAUCAAAAGAAAAGGUCGAUUCUGUUAUUCUUGCAGCCUUAAUAACAGGACCAAACAGCUUAAAUCACACGAAUUGUGAUAUUAUCAUGAGCAGGCUAAUAAAUGAACUUGAUGAGAUUCGAUUUGAACCCAUUCGUAUUGACAAUAAUAAUGAAAUCUACUACAUCGAUUUUCAACCAGCUAAAAUGUAUUGCGAUUUGAAAGCUGCUCGUUUGAUGUAUACACUUCCGAAUUGGCAGAAGCUCGAAGGAUGUGCAUUAUGCACAAUUACAGAAUCGAUUUUCAACGCAAAGCUACCACCGGGAAUUAAUUGUGAGAUGGCAGAUAUCCGAAAACUCUCUUCAGCCACAGGAGCUCAGAUUAGACAGACAUCAAGGAUUCUCUUCAAUAUAUUGUCGCUGUUACCCGUUUACACCGUCGACACCCGCAUUUUCUUUUCUGCAUUUAUCAAUUACGUCGAACUCUGUUUGGAGGCCAAAACGGAGAUUGACUUACAAAAUAUGGAUGAUCUCAGCUCUUUCCUUAAAACAGCAAUGGGAACUCUAAAUAAGGAGAAAUAUACGCUUAAAAUGCAUGUAGGUUACAUUCAUACCGGAAGGUCUCGAGUGGUAUUUCAUCAAGAUCUCUUAUCCUCAAACAGCUGGAGAAAUAACAACAAGAGCACUGUAAUUUGCUACGAAUCGGAAUUCGGAAUCGAAUAUGGAACAUUAGAAGCUGUAGCACAAACAUCAGAUCGAAUCAUGCUACUCGUACUGGAAUAUGAGACGAUAAAUGUGGCUGAGAACCUGUACAAUGAUGCUGUGAAUUCGAACUCUAGAAAUGAGGAUGUUGCUCUGCUAUUGAAAAACGAAUCUUCGUGAAUGAUACCAUCUACUCAGGAGUUUGACUACCCAGAAGAGUAUCUGUAUGACGAGUCGAUUGACCAACCACAAAGAUCUAACGUCUCGCAAACGCCGCAACGAUCACAUCAUACAGCGGCUCAUCCUUACUCACCAAUGAUACGAGCAACCAAUCCAGUUCAACGAUAUCGGGCGCACAAUCAGUCUGUUCCAGAAAGGCAGCCACAACAAAACCAUCAGAUGGUCGGCCGUCAACCCGCACAAGCUCAUUCAUUUGGUCAACUGGACAGUCGCCGCCUGCACAAGCUCAUUCAUUCGGUCAGCUGGUCGACCGUCAACCCGCGCAAGCUCAUUCAUUUAGUCAACUGGUCAGUCGCCCGCCCGCACAAGCUUAUUCAUUUGGUCAGUUAUUCCAUCCAAUAA